AUGAGAGAGUUUGCGUUUUUGUCCCUCGUUUCCCCUUAUGUCCUCCCCUACGCCUCUGUACACAUCCAGAGAAUGUGCAAAUCGGACAUCAAGGGGAGUUCGCAGCCACCUUUGCCUGCGUCGCAUUCUCUUCCUCCCCCUCCUGCUGAGACGCCUCAUAGUGUCCAUGGAGCGACUGAUCAAACGCCAUCCACUCCCCUACAAGAGGAAAAAGACCUCAGCACACGCGUCGACACAGACAAGACCAUGCCCUCCCUUACUUCAUCUCGGGAUCCUCGACAGGCAAAGGUUCCGUCUUACGCAGGUGCCUUUCCUUCGGACCCCAAUGAGAUUGUACGCCUCCGAAGCUUGUACCCUCCCUACAGCGAUACGGAGCUGGAUGAGGCCAAGAAGGGGCAGCUGAUUCCGGGAGAGGUUUUGUACUGCGAGGAGCAUCUGGCCGCCUCCCUCUUCGCCCUCUGCUGCCUCUGCCUGUUUUUGUCGUCGUGGGCGUAUCACCGGGUGCAUUGGACCCCGCGGUGGGAGGUGUGGAUGCAGAAACUCGACCAUUGCAUGAUCUUUAUCAUGGUUUCAGGCAAUGUUGCCCCUCUUUCCCUCCUUGCCUUGCAACAAACACGUCUCUACGUGUUGGCAGGAAGCGCCCUGGUUGCGACCUGGGGAAUGAUACAGAUCUUUCGUCUUCAAAAAAAACUGAUCUACUUUGUCUUGACCGCAAGUGUCAUGGGCUUCGGUUUGCACGAACUUGGCUGGCCUCGCCUGUGGCCUCGGCAUUUCUCCUCCCAUGAACUCAUGCACGCCCUUACCAUCUCUGCCGCCGGCACGGCCGCAGUCGUGACGUACUCCCUCCUCGACCGUUUCGACGUGGGCCGUUGCCUCUGGGCUGCCUAGAGUGGGAAUACACAAAGUGAACGCGACUCACGUAUCACGGUCUUUAUGAUCGUUAGCACUCCGAUAGCCAUAGAAGUUGCUCUCCAACAUGUGAAAUUUUGAAAAAAUCGUAUUCUGCUGGUCGUCUGG